AUUCUUAGCGUAUCACGCAUGCGCAAAACGAGAACAUUCUAGUCUUCUAUGUUGAUUUUUUACAAAUAGUCACGACUCAAUUUUUGGACGGUUUUCCCUAAUCUUGUGUAUAUGGGUGUCAACACCUGUUUAUACAAAUGAUCAUGUGUGAAAUAUUCUAAAAAUGCUUAGUUUGACAUGGUCAUAACAUUUGAACCACUGCAUAUCGCAACUUUAAACUUGCAAUUUCAGAUUCUACGCAUCGAAAACUACAGGAUUGCACAUAGAAAAAGUCAAUAAUUUUUGGACCCCUAAAGUAAAAUUUAUCUAAAUUCUCUUCUGGAAAUUUGAAAUUUUUAAUAUUGUAAAUUUAUAAAAUUUCUGUAAUAGUAGGGAAGAAAUUUCCUUUAUUUUCAUGGACUAAGGACUUUACUAAAGUUUGAUAAAAAUGAAACUACUAUUGCAUUAUAUAGUAAUUAUAAGUAAGUCUUAAACACACAACAGAUGGAAUCCUUUACGCAAAAUGAUAGUGCAAGAUGUCGUGAAGAAAUUAUUUCGCCAGAAGAACAGUCAUUACUGCAACUCUUGCAAAAAGGAAUGUUAGAAACAAGCGAAGAAAAUAUAGCUUUCAGGAAGGAGAUAUCAUUAUUAUUGAAUAAAUUAAACUUGGAAUCACAAUCUUUGCCCAAUGAUAUCAAAGAAGGAUUACAAAAAAUAGCCUUGCUUUUAAGAUAUGAAAAGCUAAGUGAUUUUGAUGCUAUUACUCUGAAUAUAGUGAGUGAAAGAAAGAAAAUAGAGGAAAAAAAGAGACAGUAUGAAGAAAAACAGUUGGCGUUAUUAUAUGAUGAUCAUUCUAGAAAAUAUACUAUUUUUUCAAAAAAACUUAAUUGUUUGCAAGAGGCUGUAAAUUCACUUGAAAGCAUUAUUGAGAAUUCUCAGAAAGAGCAAGCGGAUAUUCGCUGUAACCAUGUUUCAUUAUUUACAAAGUUAAAAGAAUAUCAGCAAACUGCAGAAAAGUUAGAAACUGACUUAGCAGAUAUGCAAGUAGAAGAUCUUUAUCCCAAAAAAAUAUUAAAUAAAUAUCAUAGAUAUUUAGAAAUGUCAGGUGAAUUAGCAGAACUUAAUCAAUACCUUAGUCAAUAUAGAGAUUUACCACCAAAUUUAUUACAAGCUAAAGCUCUAGUUGAAGUUAAAAAAAAGGAAUAUGAAAGCUUAAAGAACGCACUUUUAGAGAAAACAAAAUGAAUGAUAGAUGAGUCGUAAGGAAGCAUUAUCGCAAUUUAUUCAACAAAUACAUGGACGUCCUGUUGUCGUAAAGCUAAAUAGUGGUGUAGAUUAUAGAGGUGUUUUAGCUUGUCUCGAUGGUUACAUGAAUAUAGCUCUUGAACAAACAGAAGAAUAUGUAAAUGGUCAAUUAAAAGACAAGUAUGGUGAUGCUUUUAUUCGUGGUAAUAAUGUCUUAUAUA